AAAGCCAUUUAGUAGGAACCAACUACAUUAAGGACCGUGUCCCGUUGGUGAAACAAUUCGAGGACGGACCAAUGCUUCCCAAACAUCCGGCAACAACACUGUAACUGUGACGAAGUGAACACAUGUCGGGAAAAGGACAUUCUGCGACGGGAUCUGAUCGUUUUGAAUACCUGCAGACGCUUGUCACUGAGUUUCAGGACACCGACAGUGAUGAGGCGAAAGAGCAAGUGCUGGCCAACUUGGCCAACUUCGCCUAUGAUCCGAGGAACCUGGAGGACCUGAGAACCCUUCAGGUUACUGAUCUCUUCUUGGACAUGCUCACAGAGGAAAAUGAGAACUUUGUGGAGUUUGGGAUAGGGGGUUUAUGUAACCUGAGUAUGGAUCGGGAAUGCCGUGACCAAAUCUUGCAGAGCGAAGCAGUCCCCUUGGUUACAGGAUGCCUGUCCAGCCGCCGGGAGGAGACGGUGCUAUCUGCCAUCACCACACUCAUGAAUCUCACCACCGCUGCAUCACGCUCCCAAACCACCGACACCGCAGUGCUACAGUGCAUGCUGCGUUUUUCCAUCUCCCAGAGCCCACGCCUGCAUAACCUGGCCUCUGUGUUCCUCCAGGACUGCUGCACUGAGGAGCAGGUGGCCAGGGCAGAGGCACAGAUGCAGGGACACCAUCCUACAGCACUGGGGAUCCCCUUGCCUAAGGACUAGGCUAGUCUGGAGACAUGAUCGCUAGGUCUGAUCUCUGAGAAAUGAACAGAGAAUCACAUACACCGAGUGUACAAAACAUUAAGAACACCUGCUCUUUCCAUGGCAUAGACUGACCAGGUGAAAGCUAUGAUCCCUUAUUGAUGUCACUUGUUAAGUCCACUUCAGUCAGUGUAGAUGAAGGGGAGGAGAUGGGUUAAAGAAUGAUUUUUAAUCCUUGAGACAAUUGAGACAUGGAUUGUGUGCCAUCGAGGGUGAAUGGGCAAGGCAAAAUAUUUAAGUGGCUUUGAAUGAGUUAUGGUAAUAGAUGCCAGGUGCACCGGUUUGUGUCAAGAACGGCAACGCCGAUCGAUUUUCACACUCAACCGUUUCCUGUGUGUAUCAAGAAUGGUCCACCACCCAAAGGAUAUCCAGCCAACUUGACACAACUGUGGGAAGAAUUUGAGUCAACAUGGGUCAGCAUCCCUGUGGAAAGCUUGACACCUUGUAGAGUUCAUGCCCUGACGAAUUGAGGCUGUUCUGAGGGAAAAACACCUUCCUAACAUUCCUAGCUUUACACUUCAGUACCACAUGAGGGAGACAACACCACUGCUAUGCUUUGCCGUUGAAAGCUGUGAUGUUAACUCGCUCGGUUGCUCUUAGCUAGUGACAGUAUGGACUUAAGACUCAGUUGACUCUGUCAACUCACUUCAUCCCAGUUAGUUAUUGCCGAUUUAGAGAUGACAUAAGCUCUUAUGUCCCCUUUGACUGAAGUUACUCAGCACAUUAAAAGGGAUUGGCAAGAGAAAGUCACUGCAAAGAUUCACUGAUCUCAAAAUCCCUCUGGAACGUGGGGGUUCUCUCAAUAUCACAGAUGCUGCAGCGUCACAAGGAUGGAAUCUGGUUUGGUCUGGUGGGCCACAUUCCAGCUGUGGUGAAGAAAAACGUGGUGUUGGGCCGGUCAAUCACAUUCCAGAGGAUUAGUAGCAUAGCUAAUCUUCAGUUGGAAUACAUUGGGAUUCAGAGAUCAGUGAUUCUGUGCAGUGCCUUGCUCAGGCGUAUUCCACCAAAGCUGGUCAAUAUUGAGCCAAAUCUCCUGCAGUCAUGUCUGCGACCCAUUACUAUGCUAUCCAGUGACAUCUUGACAUAUGGUCCCAAUAAAGUCUCUGA